ACAGGAGAAGAGCAAACAGAUUUCUACCAGAACUCACUUCAUCUUCUCCAUAAUGAAUGGAAGACGCUCUGUGCGGCGACGUCAAGAACAGCAAGCAGAAGCUAUUGAAAUUAUCUCAGAUGCUAGUGAUGAUAAUCCCAGUGGGUCAUCAGAAUCAAGUGCAAUCCCAGAAAAUAGGUGGCAUGUGUGCAAUUCCAAAAAUCCAGUGUCUCCUUUUGUUCAACAGACUGUAGAUAAUGAAGAAGAAAAUAGGGGGCACCCAUCAAACAGAGGCCAAUUAGAAUUUACCAGAGAAGUUAUUGCAAGAGAGUCUAGCUCUAGCACCCAGUUGUCACACACAUCUACAGCAUCUCAGCAAAAAACCAUAUACAACUUUCCUGACCUAAUACUGUUGGUCAUUUUACGCUAUAUAAUAGGCCAGUGCACUGUGAAGAAAGUGAUAGCAGUUGUGAUAGUUUUUGUGAUCAUUUAUGGUGCCAUUUAUACCUAUUGCCAAUACCAGAAAUCAACAGAUGUUUUUGCAUCAAAGGAGUUGGCAAAAGUUUAUGAGGAUGAGCUGAAAUCACUAUGGAAGUCUCAAAAGGCCCUUGAAGAACAAUUCCAGGAAAUUGAACCUCUUAAACACCAGAUAGAACAUCUUCAUGCCGAAAUCACAAGGGUCAAUGAAAGCCUCAUAGAUUCUGUAAAGCAAAUCCUCAGAGAAAGUGACAUCCCAGGGGAGAAGAAAGACGAAGUGCUUGAGAUGAUUAAAAAAACAUUUAAGAAGCUUUAUGAAGAUCAUGUACAAAUGGCUGACUGGGCUCAAAAAACAUUAGGAGCCACUAUUGAUCAAAGGAGGACGUCACGGACUUACGAACCUGAGAAUGUGCAGGACUGUUGGUUUAAGUCAUUUUUCAUAUCAGCAGCCAACCCCCCUGAUACUAUUCUACAGGCAGAGAGUGAGAAAUGA